AUGACUUCCGUACAGCGUUUCCGACCUGUUGCCCGUCAGGCACUGCAGAUCAGGACGUGCGCAGCAUGCGGCGGCGUCUCGAGCCCGCGCGCCUUUUCCGUCUUGAACCGGCCGCCGCCCAACUACGAGGGCCAUGUACCGCUGACCCGGAUCGAGCGCGCCGGCCUCGCCCUCGGCUCCGGCGUCAUGUCGCUCAUCAACCCCUACCGCCACGACCUGAUCGCAGCCCUCGGCGAGGCGACGGCCACGCCGUACUUCAUCUACCGCCUCCGCGACGCCAUGCUCGCCGACCCGACCGGCCGCCGGAUCCUGCGCGACCGGCCGCGCAUCUCCUCCAAGACGCUGUCCAUGACGCGUCUCCGCGCGCUGGCGCCGGGCACCGUCGGCCGCGCCUACGUCGACUGGCUGGACCGCGAGCGCGUGACGCCCGACACGCGCUCGGCCGUGCGCUACAUUGACGACGAGGAGUGCGCGUACGUGAUGCAGCGCUACCGCGAGUGCCACGACUUUUACCACGCCGUCACCGGCCUGCCCGUCGUCAAGGAGGGCGAGGUGGCGCUCAAGGCGUUUGAGUUUGCCAACACGCUGCUGCCCAUGACGGGGCUGAGCAUGCUGGCCGUCGCGACCAUGAAGAAGCAGGAGCGCGGCCGCUUCUGGAGCAUCUACCUGCCGUGGGCGCUGCGCAACGGGCUGCGCAGUAACGAGGUCAUCAACGUGUACUGGGAGGAGCAGCUGGAGCGCAGCGUGCAGGAUUUGCGCGGCGAGCUCGGUAUUGAGCAGCCGCCCGACCUAAGAGAGAUGAGGGCCAGGGAGCGGGCGGAGCGCAAGAAGCUGGCAAAGCAGACUGCGUAG